AUUACUGGUAUUACCAGUUUAAACUUCUCGUGCAGUAAAAACAGUAUUGUAUUAAUAAUGAAAAUCGAUUUCUUUAAUGCAUGUAGAUCAAUGGGUCAUUUAAAAAGAUUAAAUUAAAUGACAAUGACUAUCGAGGCAACACAUACGAUAAACUAAGUACUGUAUAACUCGAGCCUUAGUGGGACAACGGUUUCCAUACAUCACCUGUAACCCUAGCAGGAAAAAAAAAAGAGUUUCCAACGGGACGGAGUUAGUGACCCCCCGUGAUGGAAAAUGGCUGCCUCACUCUUUACGCAGGAAGGGGAUGGCAUGAUAGUUAAAGCGGGAUGGAUUUUCCGACAGAAGGCUUUUUUUCGGAAAUGGAAAAAGAGUUGGAUAGUCAUCUGCUCUGGGGGGCCUGUACGAGUGUUCAAAAACAAGCAAGCCAGUCGUCCUCAGAAAUCCUACAAUCUUAAAAUGGACUGCAUCGUCAUCAAAACUGGACGCCAGUGUCAGUACCUUCUUCCGCCAAACGGAAUAGAUUCAUCGGCUCUCAUAGAAAUCGUUCUCACUGGCGAUAGGGCCAUUAAACUCUGCGCUAAUGACCCAGAAACGGCAAGAAUGUGGUUAAAUGCUCUGAUGAAGGCUCAAUCUGGUAAAGACCUACCAACUCCUCGAUGGGAACGCCGAAAUCUGAACAAAGAAGAAGUCCUCAACUUAGAAUAUCAAAGCUGCUGGUACUCUUGCUGUAGAAAUAAUAAAGUGGACGAUUUUUGACGACGGCCCGAUUUUACAGCAGUGCAAUAUUGUAAUUCAUCACAAGAUAUUCCACAGACACCCCUCCCAUACUACACACACCAUUACAAGGACGAUGGUGUAUUUUCAUUUCAUUUAAUAUGCACCAAUUAAAAAUCUAAGAGCCAAAUGGUUUUUGAUGACUUCCCCCCUUGCUUGAAAUCGGAAAUGUUAUAUUUCGCUGUGUUUGAACAUGGAUUUAAUUCAUUUUGGUGUUUAAAAAAUAGACAAGUCA